CCGUAAUCUACCCUCGCUGGCAGGCAGUUUCUAACACAUCGUCACACUUUGAGCUCGGCUGCAGUGUGGGCAAGGAUGGGCGACACCUUGUCCCUGACCAUCACCUUAAAGCCAGCGACAUUGAACCUGGAAUGGCUUAUCAGUAGGGAGGGAGGCACAAAAGUGACCAGUCACGUGAUUCAGGCCCUCAUCGUGAUCAGGUGAUGAGUACGGUUCCUCUGAUACAGGGACUGUCCUUUCUAUGGCCACACACAAUCCCCCCGCUACACAUCUCCUGGACCGCAUAACAUCCCAUGAUUCGACUGGUUCGAAUUCCACUUCCGUGUCCGCUGUAUCUCGAAAUGUCGCGAUGGGGCUGGCGACUUUAGCUCAGCAGCACUUAGAAUCUGACACUUUGCAAAAAAAUGCACCGACAAUGCAGAUCAAACCAGAUUCCGGUUCCUCCAACUCUGACGGGAACAGGAAUAAGCGCGUCGAGAUAGUCGCUAUCAGCGCGUCAAAGUGUAUUCCCAUCUCCUCUGAGAGUGAGGAGGGGCGUAGGGUUGUGCAUAAUGCCCGCCCUGCAGGCCCAUCUCACGAAACACACAAACCACGAGGCUCCACUCUUACCCAGACCUCGGGAGCUACUCUAUCUUCCGCCCUCUACCCUCUUUCAACGCUGUAUGGCACGGGCACUGAGACUCCCUCUAGUCCAUCUACAAGGACGUACAGUCCUGUUAUCGAGGUCGAUGAGACUGAGUCUGAUGAUGACACUGUCCAAAAGCCGACCCUGGAUCCCGAAGAUAUGUCCUAUAGACUAAAGCUUCUUAUUCGAAACAACUACUACCUCCCUCCCGCCCAUACCAAACCUGCACAUAUUGACACUCGGUUCGCCCAGGAACCUCAAUCCUCGAAAAGAGGAGCUCCUGUCAUCCGCAAUCUUUUCCGCAUUGGUGGGCCGAAGCGCAUAAACACGAAGCUCUCACAACCAUCCCCAGCGCAUGUUCCGAAUCGCCAGUUACGACUGGGCGCCCACGUUGAUCAUCUGGCGUUGCCAUUAGCGCCCACAACUGAAAUCGUCAGCGAGAACGAGCGCAAGGGUAGAGUUGUUGUGAUCCGCGAGCGACUAAACGAUUUGGAUGGUUCUCGCCUACCUUUCGAGCCAACACGCCGCGCAGUUAACUCUCCGCUCCCCAAGCACGUUCUUAUCGAUCCCACAGACGCUAUCGACUUGCCAUCGUAUGCAUUUCCUUCCCAGGGAACGGGAGAACAUGCCGAUUCCCGGGCGAUACUAGCCUCCACCAUGGUCGAUUUUAUUCCACACAGUCACAACCUUGAUCUUGGGCACUGGGCUGCUGAUGAGGCUUGGAGGCGCGCUUUACUCACUGAAGCCGUAGAUCUUAGUUUAUCAUCUAUCCAAACAACAUCAGAUACCUGCCCCCAGAAGUUGACGUGUCUCCCAAAACUGUCGCAUGCCGGGAGUGCGUCGGAAGACAUUGGACGCCCCAUUCUUCAACCAGAGCCUUCCGAUAUCAGAACUACUCUAAUAGCUGACGCAUGUGAUGCCAUCACCUACCACACUAGUCCACAGCAUAAACCUCAGCGUGAUUCCACACCCCUCAACCUUUUGUCUCACCCCCUGCCUCCCCCACCAAGAACCAAGUUGCGAGGUGAGAACCAAUCCCCGGUAGCUGGCAAGCGUGUGAGGAGGGCAGCUUCUACCCCAAUCCUACCCCAACUGGGAGGUGAAAUUACUUUGUUUCCGCCAGACUUACAAGCCUCGCCCCAAUGUGGUGGACCAGACCCUCUAUUAUCGUCAUCGCUGACGCAUGAGAGUCUGAGCACUGCCUCCCAUUAUUCCGAUGAGGAUCCUGACGCACCCCAAACUUCACGAAAUUCCUCACAGUCCGUAAAUGACGCAGCUACAUUCUCAAAUCGGCCUUCCAUGUCCGUGUCCCAGCGAUCUCAUGAAUCAUCCGCCUUUGGGCGACCAUCAACAUCCCACGCAAUAUCGGAGGCACGAGGUCCCCCCGUGACCAUCGCGCCACCAACGCAGCCAACCUCCGUCACGUCGAGCACGACUUCGCGACCCACAUCCAAGGGCAUAUUGUAUGGGCCACCUGAGCAAAUUGAACCGCCAAAACAAGACGAGCACCCAAUGCAGUCUACCACACCCCCACCGGAUGCGCCGACCCCCCCAUCUGAUGUGAUUCCACAUCAGUUAGUUGCCUUUCCUCACGAUAAUUUAAGCACCUCGACAAUUCUUGAUUAUCCCUCUGGAUACGGGACACCCUACACCCAUUUCACCCACUCAUUUGACUCUCUGGACAGAAGUAAGCCAGUCACGAACACGCCCAUCCAUUCUAACCUGGGGCUCUUUUCUUCAUUCAUGCAUACUCCUAAGCGAUCACCGCGCAUCCCAGAAUCAACCUUUGAGCUAUUGAAGAACGUUCAGGAAACAGCCGACAGUGACACCGAGAGGAUCCCUCCUUCCAUAUCCUCAAAGUCCAGUAGUGUGCGUAGUGAAAGGGGCGACAGGGCUCUGAAUGGGUUGUUAAAGCUUCACAUCGAGGAAGAACGAGAUAGAUUACGCAAAAUUGCAGACAGCAUUCGUCAACAGUCAUGACACCCCCUUAACAAUCUACUAUUUAUUCUAUCAUUAUACACUAUCGUCCAAGGUGCUCCUUAACCCAAGCCCGUCGGGCAUCCGUACCAUCAUAGUUUCGGGUCGUAAAUUAUUGAUCCACGAACGCACGUAUCCUUCAUAUCGUUCAGACUCUCCACCAAACCCUGGCAAAAUGUGCCCGUGGAUGCCACCGUGGAGGUUCGCUUUGACUCAAUUCCGAACUUCAACAUAUUUUCCCCAGUGAGGUCUGAGAUGAAUGGAUAGUCAGCCCGGCACCGAACCUAAAAAACAUGGGACUUAGCCACAGACCCUCUGCACCAUUCAACGAGCC